AUCUCGUUUCAAUUUUGAAAUCGGCGUCAGUAGUAUCAUCCAUGUCUCCGAGCUUAGUCUAACGAAGAUCAUCGGCAUUGAUUCCCUCUCUUCCGAGAAUCCACCGCACAAUCUCUCUGCAUCUCAUCCCAAAAACAUGGAGUUCACAGAGGCUUACAAACAGACAGGUCCUUGCUGCUUCUCCCCAAACUCCCGCUACGUCGCCGUCGCCAAUGACUAUCGUCUCGUGAUCCGCGACACAUUCUCGUUUCAGGUUGUUCAAUUGUUUUCUUGUUUAGAUAAAAUAAGCUACAUAGAAUGGGCCCUAGACUCCGAGUACAUUCUCUGUGGCCUCUACAAAAAACCAAUGAUCCAAGCCUGGUCACUUUCACAGCCAGAGUGGACUUGCAAGAUCGACGAAGGCCCCGCCGGUGUUUCUUACGCCAGGUGGAGCCCUGACAGCCGUCAUAUACUCACGACCUCCGAGUUUCAGCUGCGUUUGACCGUGUGGUCCCUUCUGAACACGGCGUGCGUUCAUGUCCAGUGGCCGAAGCAUCAUGGCUCCAAGGGAGUCUCGUUUAAUCGAGACGGGAAGUUCGCUGCUGUAUGUACGCGGCGUGACUGCAAGGACUAUGUUAACCUUUUGUCUUGUCAGUCGUGGGAGAUCAUGGGUAGCUUCGCUGUUGAUACCUUGGAUUUGGCUGAUCUUGAGUGGUCACCUGAUGAUAGUUCUAUUGUCGUGUGGGAUUCGCCUCUUGAAUUUAAGGUUCUAAUCUAUUCUCCAGAUGGUAGGUGUCUGUUUAAGUAUCAGGCUUAUGAAUGUGGACUUGGUGUGAAGACUGUUUCCUGGUCUCCGUGUGGUCAGUUUCUUGCUAUUGGUAGCUAUGACCAGAUGCUACGGGUCCUGAAUCACCUUACUUGGAAAACAUUCGCUGAGUUCUUACACCUAUCGACGGUUCGUGCGCCCUGUUAUGCUGCUAUUUUCAAGGAAAUCGACGAACCCUUGCAGCUAGAUAUGUCUGAGUUAUCGUUGGAUGACAACUUUAUGCCAAGCAAUUAUGAUGCCUCGGAAGGCUAUAUUAGUGUCAGGUACGAAGUUAUGGAAUUACCAGUAGCACUUCCUUUUCAGAAACCUCCCGUGGACAAGCCUAACCCAAAACAAGGAGUCGGGCUUCUGGCUUGGAGCAAAGACAGCCAGUACAUAUGCACACGAAACGACAGUAUGCCCACUGCCCUAUGGAUUUGGGACAUGCAACGCCUCGAGGUUGCAGCCAUCCUCGUCCAGAAGGAACCUAUCCGAGCCGCUGUGUGGGAUCCAACCUGCACUCGCCUUCUCCUAUGCACCGGAAGCUCUCACCUCUACAUGUGGACUCCCUCGGGUGCGUUCUGUGUAUGCAAUCCCCUCCCUGGAUUCUCCAUUACUGAUCUCAAAUGGAACAUUGAUGGAAGCUGUCUCCUUCUCAAAGACAAAGAUGCAUUCUGCUGUGCCACUGUCCCGCCUCUUCCUGAGUCCAGCGACUACAGCUCUGAUGAAUGAGGAUUCCUUAUGUAUUUCUUUGUAAAAGUUGCAGCCUUGUGUGUCUCUCAAUUUUAGGAGUGUUUUUUUCCCCCUCGACUAUCACUAGUGAUUGUUAACUAUUUUCAAUGUAUAAAAAGGUUUUCUUGAGUAACAGAAAAUACCGUUUAAGUU